CGCCGAAAUUAACCGCCGCGAUCCAUGGCGGUCAGGUCCCCAUCCUCACCUUGGCACCGUGGCUCCUAAAUGGGCGGUCACCUCGGGCGGGCGGGCGGCGUUGCUGUUGUCGAGCGAUCUUGACGAGAUCAUACCAUCGACGCCACCGAUCGGCUCUCGGUAAAUUCAUUGUGCGGCCGAUAUAUAUUCCAACUCUAAUCCCCCACUCCAAGCAGGGUCGAUCUCCUCCAAGCCACUUCGACCCUGACAUCUCCUCCGAUUCCCAGAUAAAUAACUCCCGCAAUCCCCUUGGUUCCGCACGCGACUCGAUUGGGAAACAAGGCCGGAGUUGGAGGCGACGACCGACCGAUCGAUCGAUCGCGGCGGCCAUGGGGAACGCGUCGUCGAUGCUCACGCAGUACGACAUCGAGGAGGUGCAGGAGCACUGCGGCUACCUAUUCUCGCAGCAGGAGAUCGUGUCGCUCUACGAGCGCUUCUGCCAGCUCGACCGCAGCGCCAAGGGCUUCGUAUCCGAGGACGAGUUCCUCUCCAUCCCCGAGUUCUCCACCAACCCGCUCUCACAGAGGUUGCUACGUAUGGUUGAUGGAUUGAACUUCAAGGAUUUUGUUUCCUUUCUCUCUACCUUCAGCGCAAGGGCCAGCCUUCAGCAGAAGAUUGAGUUGAUAUUUAAGGUGCAUGAUAUUGAUGGCAAGGGGAAGGUAACCUUCAAGGACCUGGUAGAGGUUUUACGGGACCUGACAGGGUCAUCCAUGUCUGAACAACAAAGAGAGAAAGUAUUAACGAAGGUAUUGGAAGAAGCUGGGUAUGAAAGGGAUUGCACGCUAUCAUUAGAAGAUUUUAUGACGAUCAUCGACCACCCUGGUCUGAAGAUGGAAGUGGAGGUACCGAUCGACUAAUGCGCGGCGCAAGCAGAUUUCAGCAGACGAGAUACAGGCUGUGUCUGGCUAUGUCUGCCGAAAAGAAAUUGUUCAUAGCCAAUAGAGCUCUAAGCAGAAGAGAGUGGACACUCACUGUUGCUUUCUUGUUUAUUUGUCGACAUGCCUGAAUCUUAGUAGUUCGUUACAAUGCAGUGUCAGUGUAGUCUUAUAUCUGUCUGUUAUGAGGGCUGAUGCAGUGUCCGUAUAGUGAAACCUUGUUGCAAUUCCAGUGAUUUACUCACAUUGCGCAUUAUCAAAGAUCAUCA